AUGUUUCGCCGACUUCUCAUCGCUGUCUUCUGCCUGGCUUGCCUCUCGGCCGUGGCUGCUCAGAGAUUCCUCUACAAUCCAAAGGUAGGUACGAUGGGGGGAAGGGAUUAUGAGUAGGUACUAACUACAUGGACAAUAGAUGGUAUUACUACACGUGCAAGGGAUAUAGUAAUCCUUAUAUCAAAUUUGAUAAAAAUCUAUCCCAUUUAGUAACGUCAUACGUCAUCAUAUUUCAUCUUCAUUUUUCAGGUACAGCCAUCCUUCAAUGACGGCUCAAUGCUCGAGGGACCCGGUGACUACGCCGACUUUGUUCCCGCUAAAAGGGCUUUCUCGUUCCAGGCAGCUCGCGGCAAGAAGAGCGCAAUCGGAGAGAAAAGGUAUUUAUCUUUCGCUUUUUCUCAAUUGAUGGAUUGGCGGGAAUAUUGGUUCCGAUCCAAGAAGGAAUUUUUCGUACACAUACAUAAACUUGACUAGUAGGUGGUUGAAUAUGCAUAUCAAGAACCAUCAUCCAAUUACGCUACUCUGCUCUGCUCCAUUGAUGUCUAAAUGUCAUGAAAGCGUGUUUGAUGUCUGACAUUUACAGAUACUCGUACUUCCCUUCUCGUGGAUAA